AUGGAGGACAGUGCAGGCAGUAAUCCUCAGUCUGUGGGGCUGACUGAGAAGUUCAAGUCGUGGCUCUCCUGGUCGUGGACCUACGUGUGCUUCAUCUGGCUGGGCAUGGUGCUCAUCAUGCUCUACGUGCUGUGGAGUCCGCUGAAGCUGCAGGAGAGCCUCGCCUCAGCAUCAGUGUUUCUAAACACUCUCACCCCCAAGUUCUACGUGGCUCUCACUGGAACCUCCUCCCUCAUCUCUGGACUAAUCCUUAUAUUUGAGUGGUGGUAUUUUCGUAAAUAUGGGACCUCGUUCAUUGAACAAGUGUCCGUGAGCCACCUGCGUCCUCUCCUGGGGGGGGUGGAGAGCACCUCCACCACCGGCCUGUUCUCAUCAGUUAAUGGAGAAGCAGAACCAAGACCCAGUGUUUCAGAGUGUAAGGUCUGGAGGAACCCUCUGAAUCUGUUCAGAGGAGCAGAAUACAACAGGUACACCUGGGUAACAGGGAAGGAACCCUUAACGUACUAUGAUAUGAACCUGUCUGCUCAAGACCAUCAGACCUUCUUCACAGGAGACACUCAGCAGUUACGGACGGAAGACGCCGUGAUGCAGAAAGCCUGGAGAGAGAGAAAUCCUCAAGCAAGGAUCAGAGCAGCUUACCAGGCCAUAGAGAUGAACCAAGAAUGUGCUGCUGCCUACGUGCUCCUAGCAGAGGAGGAAGCCACAACUAUCACAGAAGCUGAGCGCCUCUUUAAAAAAGCAUUAAGUAUUGCUGGAAAAGAUAUCAACUUACUGGUGUACAUUAAACGCAGACUGGCAAUGUGUGCACGUAAACUGGGGCGGAUUAAAGAAGCAGUGAAAAUGAUGAGAGAUUUAAUGAAGGAGUUCCCGCUGUUGGGAAUGUUAAAUAUUCACGAAAACCUCUUGGAGUCGCUACUAGAGCUUCAAGCAUAUGCUGAUGUCCAAGCAGUCCUCGCCAAAUACGAUGACAUCAGCUUGCCAAAAUCAGCCACUAUAUGUUACACAUCUGCACUGUUGAAAGCACGGGCUGUGUCUGAUAAGUUCUCUCCAGAGGCAGCGUCCAGGCGGGGGCUGAGCACAGCAGAGAUGAACGCUGUGGAGGCCAUACACAGAGCUGUUGAGUUCAAUCCACACGUGCCAAAGUACUUAUUAGAGAUGAAGAGUCUGAUCCUGCCUCCAGAGCACAUCUUGAAGAGAGGUGACAGCGAGGCAGUGGCAUACGCCUUCUUUCACCUGCAGCACUGGAAGAGGGCGGAGGGAGCCUUAAACCUACUACACUGCACCUGGGAGGGCACCUUCCGGAUAAUUCCGUACCCGCUGGAGAAGGGUCACUUGUUUUACCCUUACCCAGGAUGCACAGAAACAGCAGAUAGGGAACUACUGCCCUCUUUUCACGAGGUGUCUGUGUACCCAAAAAAAGAGCUUCCCUUCUUCAUCCUCUUCACAGCAGGCCUUUGCUCCUUCACUGCCAUACUGGCCAUGCUCACACAUCAGUUCCCUGAGCUCAUGGGUGUGUUUGCCAAAGCAUUCUUCAGCACACUCUUUGCACCCCUGGGUUUCUUCGCAGACAAGAUGGAAAGCUUCAUGCCGUCCAGUUUUUGGCACCAGCUGACUCGGAUCUGACCCCAUCUCACACACAUACACACAUACACACAUACACAGACACACACACAGACGCACACACACACACACUUAUACACACCAUUAUCACUCCCAACACAAACACACACACACACAAUACACACAUAUACACGUCAAUACCACUCCAAACCCUCAGACAAAAAGUGUUUGCUCUCCUGUCUUCAGCAUUACUGUCCACUUGCUGCACUGUUACUGAUUAUGUUGGCAGAGGUUGUAUCAACACUGCAAAACCACUCUUAAGAUGCUCUCCCACAUUGUCCCAGCAGCCAGAGUUUUUCCAAGAACACAUUUAAAGGGUCCCAUUUCCAACGUUUUCUCAGGGACACUCAUUGGUCAUUGUGUUACCACGGGGCAAUUACACAUUUUUUGGAUAUCCCCCGUAGCCUGAUUUUGAUCUUCGUACAAAUCGUCCUAGGUCAAAGGCAAAACUAAAUCAUGACCAAACUGAAACGGCUGUUUUCUGGUACGUGGAGUAUUUGGUAUUGGGAACCUGUGUGUCCUAUACCAGCCCUCUGUGGCCCGCAGACCUCCAGCUGGGCAGAUAAGAAAAAGUCUGCGAGAGCUCCUAAAACAGAGCUGUGAUUUACAGCCUCCGAGUGGCUGCAGUGUAUACAACACCUCGGCAGUUCAACAGUUGUUACCAUGGCAUGACACCUCAGCACUAUAUCACUGGGGCAACCGCCGCCCCCACAACAUUGAAAUGUAAAUGGAAUCAGCACUUUUUGCAGCCGCUCAUGGUAUCAAUAGUUUUCUUGAUUGCCGUACGAAUUGUUCUAAGUCAGCGUGUUGGUCAACAAGCAAAAAAUUAUAAAGGCACACAGCACAACCACUGGAACAACUAGCUGUAAUACAUGCGGUAGAAUUGCAGUAAUUCUGAAUAUAUUGCAUUGAGUUCUUCAGUUAGGGUCAUCAUAACUCACUCAGUAUAUAUUCAAUGAGCCGAUUGCAUUUAGAGAUAGUGAGUCAAACAACCAGACAUAGACAUAUUGUACAAAGUGACAGUCAUUUGACCUGAUAAGUACAAAAUGUCAUUUGUUGAUUCUGUUGCUUCCAGCUUCGAAGUGUUUGCUUUUCACUAAGUAAUUAAAUACACUGAGGUACCAGAACCACUUUUCUGUAAAGUAUAAUGUAAAAACUAUCUGAAAACAUAACACAAAAACAAAUGUGCCUGAAACUGUGAUAAAACCUUUUGGUCUAUAGCCUGUACAUCAGUGUUCUCUACCUCAGAGAUAGUAAUGUUGUGAUGUCACAUGAUCCCAACACUUGAUAAUUGUUGUUUAUUAUUUAUGAUGCAUCAAAAGGUUCUAUUACAUUUAAACCUUCGGUCAUGUUUGUUUUACUUCGUCAAAUUGUGUGACUUGAUAGUUAUUACAUUAUAGGAAGCGACAGUCUCGUACAGCAACGGCCUGGGUGUGAAAUUUGAGUAACAUCAUUCUGGCAACUCUUCACCCCACAUGUGAUUACAUAGAAAUGUGAUGAUAAAGUGCCUUUUUUUUUAAGUACAUCACUAAAACCAACAUAGAUUUCAAGUUUAGCCGCGACUCGUUCCAAUUUUAAUGGACCAGAUUUGAUCAACAGAUGCCUUCAAAAAGCUGUAAAUUCAUUCCGUGUCCAGUGAGGAGCGUCUAUAGAUUUACCAGCCAGGUAACAAUGGCAACAUGCAGUACAUGCACAUGAUGUAAUGGCACAUGCAUGUGUGUCAUUGUGUUGCAAAUUGUUUGGAGUUCAAGACACUGACAAACAUGUGAAAUGUAAGGACACAUGCUGAAGACAGGAGAAUGUUUGAAGCUGUUGCUAUCCCUGGAUUAGUUCGAAGGCAAAACGUACAAUAAAUUACUGUUUCAGUGCAACUUUC